UUCAGAAAUGAAGUCCCGUGAACUGUGAGCUGCAGGCGAAAUAGAGCAGCGAGAGGAAGCUCCCAGUAUGCGGACUGUUGUUCCAUUGGGUCUUUCACCCUCGCCUUCUCCCCGCCCUUCUCCAUCUUCUUCUUCUUCGAUAGCUGCCAAUACGCCCAUCAGAUCAGCACCUAAAUCUCUGGCUAGGGUUAAGUUAUUUCAAAAGUGCGGCCGAGGAGUACUGCCUCCGCAGUCAUCUGACACUGGGAUCAACUCACGAGCUGGGACUUGCAGGGCUAGUCAAGCUGUUGACUUGUUCCCUUCAAUCUGCCCUGAGAUUGUUGUUAGAGAUGCUCGGGUGGAGGAUUGCUGGGAAGUGGCUGAUACACACUGUAGCUCUUUUUUUCCAAAUUAUACCUUUCCCAUAGAUCUGGUCCUACGGAUUGACAGAUUCAUAGCUCUGCUUUCUGGCUUCUCAGUACCUCCAGGUUCCAGGCGGACAUGUCUUGUUGCUGUUACUGGUGCUUCUGGAACUGAUAAUUUAUACAUUGGAAGUAAAGACUUCAAAUUUGGUGGAUUUGAUGGGAAAUUUAAUCUCAGCAGGGAAUCUGUAGCUGGUAUUCUCACUGUAGAUACUCUGGCUGAUUACCUUCCUAGAAAAGGUCCGCUCAGGCAAAAAAGGACUGGUAUAGCAUACAUAUCAAAUGUAGCGGUAAGGAACGCAGAUAGGAGAAAGGGAAUUGCUAAGCUUUUGAUAGCAAAGGCAGAAGCCAGAGCCCUUAGCUGGGGCUGCCGCUCCAUUGCUUUGCAUUGCGAUGUAAAUAACGCUGCUGCAACCAGAUUAUACAAAAGCCAGGGAUUUAAGGUCAUCGCUGUACCAGAUAAUUCAAGAUGGCCACAGCCAAAGACUGCCCCAAAUCUCCAGUUUUAUUUCAUGAUGAAGCUCCUCACAUCAAAGGUAAAUAUUUGAUCUUUUAUGUGUUAUGUCAAUGUUGUAAUUAUUUGAAGUUUAGAGGGUAGAUGUUAUGUCAAAUGUUUAGUUGAAUUGAAGAGAACUUUGAACUAUAGGGAUAAGUGUAUAUUGGUGGGAUUCUUAUGUGCUGGAUGCACCCAUCCAUUUACAGUAAUGGUUAUAUAAACAAGAUCUAAAAAUUUAUGUCAAUUUUCAAAUUUGAUCA